AUGUAUUACACAAUCCGAUUUCGCAAAGAUAUUGAUUAUUGCCUAAUCAAUACAUGUUUAAAUGGUGGAACAUGUCAAGAUUUAGAUGCUCAUGGUUUCCAAUGUUUAUGUCCACCUGGUUUUAAAGGAUCUAAUUGUCAAUUAAGAUUAGCAUGUAGUAAUUCACAAUGUGUUCAUGCAGUCAAUUGUAAACAAUUAAUACAACCAGUAAAUGGAAUUGAUUAUGAAUGUAUGUGUCAACCCUGUUGGACAGGACAAUUUUGCGAUCAAAGUAAUAGUUUUAAUUGUAUUCAUCGUCAUGGUUUUGAUGGUCAAUAUUGUGAAAAUGAAAUUAAUGAAUGUAAUUCAAUGCCAUGUUACAAUAAUGGAACAUGUAAAGAUCUUAUUAAUUCUUUUGAAUGUGAUUGCCCAAAAGGUUUUAUUGGAACGGAUUGUAGAAUAAAUGUUAAUGAAUGUGCUUCAUAUCCAUGUUCAUUUGGAUCAACUUGUAUUGUUCGUGUUGGAACAUAUGAAUGUAUUUGUCCAGAACAACAAUAUUGUCAACAUUGUGAUGAAGUGAUCAUUGAAACAGAACCAAAAUCACCAGCAUGUAAUUUUUAUGGUCGAAUUUAUGAUCAAAAUGAUAAUUGGACAUAUAGUUGUCAACGUUGUCAUUGUAAUAAAGGACAAAUUAUAUGUACUGAUGAUUUUUGUGGUUAUUGGUCAUGUUUACAAGUAAUUGAAAAAAAUGAUCGUUUUGCUUGUAAAUCAAAUGAAAUUUGUCAUAUUAUAUCACCUGGUUUAUAUGAUGAAUGUUUUAUACCACCAUGUUAUUUACGUACAAUUUGUUUAAAUGCCAAUCAAUCAAUUACGGAACAAUUAAAAAAGUUAUUACCAAAUUAUCAUUUUAAAUUAGCAUUACCUAAUUGUCGACCAAAUAAUUUUAUAUUAAAUAAUCAUUGUGCUAGAUUAUUAUUACAUUUUUCAAAAUUACGUAUGUCAUAUUCAAUUACUGUAAAUGACAUAUGUAAUGCUGUUCCCAACUAGGACGAAAUGCGCAACCUGGGUUUCACUACUAACCACUAUCCAUCUUUACUUAUAAUGCUUUCUCUAAAUUACUUCAUCAUAUCAAAUCAUAUAAUGCUGUGGAAAAUUGACCAUCAUUAAAAAAAUAUCAUCAAUAUGAAAGUGACCGAAUGGGUAUCGGUAUAAGUUGUGAUAUGAAGGUGGAUUAUUCUAGAAAACAACAAAAUAUCAUAGAAGUAACACUCAGUUCAUUGAAUGAUCAAAUCCGAAUUGGUUCAGAUGGUAGAGAAUAUUCAUUUAUUC